UUAGGUAACACCAACGGUCGCGGUGCUACCUCAAAUCGAUCAAAGUCGACCUCUUCUCAUCAGGCUGCGAUUAUUAACAAAAAAGAUACUCCAGUGAUACCUCCAGUUGUUCCAGAAAUACCUAAAAAAGAAAAAGUAUUUCUUUUUAAUGGAGGUGUAUUAUAUAUUGGCAGUCAACAAAUGUUCAGAUUCUUACAAUUCCACGAGAAUACCAACAUCGCAAAAGAAGAAGAAGAAUACUUGUUAGUUGGUGAUUCAUUAACAGCGAAAAGAGCUAAUGAAUUGCUUGAAGAAAAAACAUUCGAUAUCCCUUUUGGAACUGAUCACGCUUUAGUUCAUCUGGGUUUGCAAGAAUCGAUUUUCAAGAAAUUCGACAGUUCAAUGUUCCAGAAUGAAUUGAAUAAACUUGUAUCAAAACUUAGAGAUUAUUAUCAAAUACCAAAUAUCGUAUUAGCGUUGAUUCCUCCGAUAAACUUUCCUACACCAACAAAAGAUUAUUGGGAUGUUCUUGAGGAAAUAAAUAAAACAAUUUAUUUUACAACUCGAAAUCAAGAAAAAUGUCUUUUUUGGAAUGCUUUUUCACCAUUUGUUAAAAGAAAUGAACUGGUUCCUUCUGAAAAUAAAUGGUUCAAGUACGUCGCUGAAGGCAAAAUUCUCUAUGAACCUAAAGGAGAAUUAUAUGAUAGCGGAAAAUCGAGUUCGAAAUUACCUGGUUAUGCAAAAUGGAAAUAUUGUGAACUUAGCAAACUGCAUUACGAAAUGUGUAGUUUUUUCAAGAAAUAUUGCAAAGUAAAUUUAUUUCCAAAAAGAGACAAAGAAUCAAAAGAACGCGAUAAUCUACUCGAUGGAACUUAUGGAAAAAGUGAUCAGCCAGUUUCAUUCAAUUUGAACGAUAGCAUAAUUGACGUCUUAAAUCCUAUCGAGAUCGAGUAUAAAAACAAAGAUGUAUCGCCGAAAAUUACUGUCCAGUUUGGCAAAAUCGAUGUAGAUGCAUUACUUGAUAAUGGGUGCUCCCACGUACUGAUGAAUGAAAAUGUAUUCGAACGCAUAGUAGCUGAGUACCCGGAAUUCAGGAAAAGCGAAGUUCGAGCUGAAGGGAUGGGACAAAAAUUCUCUUUGGCUGCGACGAAAUCUCAUCCGAGAAUCAACAAAAUGGCAUACGUACCAAUGAGUUUUCCAUGCCAAAAGCCACAAAAGGGAGUUUACAAUAUCCAAGUAUUCGUUGUGAAAGAUCUGAAUACUCCCUUAAUUAUUGGCAGAAAUUUAAUGAGCGAAUUCGAAAUGGUAAUCCAUACCGCUGGUAAUUACGUCGAAGUCACGGAUCCGAAUGUUACGAUUAUGCAAAAUAGAACGUUUAAAAUUCCUUACAAAGAUGCUGACAAAAAUCCAGCUAAUUUCGAGUUAAACAAAGAUCCUAAACAAAAGCCACUCAAAGAGGUCCAGUUCAUUACAUUGAUGAAACCUGAAGAAAUAUUUUCGAUCAGUGAGAAUCCAGCUUACGUUAUCGAGACAGAACUGCAGUACAAAAUAGAAGAAGCAGUUGAAGGCACCGAUCUCUCAACUAAGCAUAAAGAAUAAAGCGUAUUCGAUUUGUAAUCGGAAUCAUGUUC